AUGACGUGGUUCCCUUUACCACCCUACUGGAUGCCUGUUUCCGGAUCUGCAUCUGAUAAUUACAAGGAAUCCAUUUUUGCCGGAAGGGACGUCACCAUCAUUGAGACAAUAGCUGGGGCACUCAACUUCUCCAUUCAUCUUGUUCCCUUCAGAGGAACUGUAAACUGGAUGGUUCCCUUACGGACUCGAGAAGCCUUACUAAGGCCAAUAAUUUUGCCAAUCAUGCCACACAUGUUGGAGGAGUUCGACAUCACCUUCUUCAUCGAACCAAAUACCCUCGCCUUCAGCUUGGCUAAGCCCACCCUUAAACCCACAUGGCAGAGUCUCUUCUACCCCCUGCAGGCAGAGGUCUGGGGCUCCGUUGCGGUUACAGUGCUCGUGGUUUUCGUUGUUCUCUUAAAGAUGAAGCCUGAAGAUGACAAGAGCCAAGGGGCGUGGCUGGUGAUGAAGCAGGUGGUCGGCACGCUGCUGGACGAACCAAUCCACGGAGAGAUGCCACAGCGAAGCUCCAAGCGGAUGGUACUGACUGCAUGGAUGAUCUUCUCCUUCAUCGUUGGGACAGUUUAUCGUAGCAAUUUAACAGCCUGUCUUACCGUGCCAACAUACCCAGUCCGUGCAGAGGAUCUCGCUGAUCUUGUCGACAUGGGAAUAAAGGUCACAAUCUUGCCUGAGAUGGUGAUGUUUUACCAGUCCUUCAAAGAAUCAGGUAACGAUGUACUCGUUUCUGUGGCAGAAAGUAUGGAGUAUGUCCCGACAUACAAGGAAGGGUUACGUCGUUCAAUCACUGAAAACAAAGCUCAUUUGUAUGAACGACUGUACUUAGAGCUGAAGAUCGCUGAGCACUUCACAGACGAAGACGGGUCGACACCACUGUAUGUGACGCAAAGGAACUUCAUGCCUGGCUACAGCACCUUCAUCUUGACCCGGAAUAAUCCUUUCAAGAUCAAUUUCGAUGACUGUAUCUUGAAGUUUCAUGAGGCCGGGCUCAUCAGGAAGUGGACGACAGAUAUAAAGGGCACGAUGAAAAGAGGAAUAAUGAAAGACAAGGGAGAAUCAAUGGUCGAGGUAGAAGAAGAAAAAAACGAAGAAGCAGAAAGUAUUUUAGCCCUAACUCUAGUUCACAUGCAAGGUCCUUUCUUCAUAUACGCUGCUAGUGUUACCAUGUCGCUCAUUGUUUUUUUGUUUGAAAACAUUUCCAUAGCCUACCACAAGAUUUGAUUACCUGCAUAGUUGUCGGCAAGUGAGUUUCCUCCGACUGAGAUUAAUGUAUGAAAACAAAGUUUAACUUAUUCUUCACAAAAUUACAUAUCAAAAAAAAAAAAUGUAUAUUCAGAUUCUUAUAUAUUUUUUGAAUUUAUAUUUUAUCAUCGGCAUCACUGACAGCCAUCCUUAAUGCAUUAAACAGAAAAAAAAAAAGUCUCAGAUA